UAGUUCUUUGUCUUCCCUAUGGUGUCAAUCCUAACAUACUUCAUCUAUUGACACCAAGCAAGAUGAACGGCUCAGAAACAACGACUGACCACAAACACCCGAAGGUCUUGGGAGAUUUCCCAGGUCAUAUUCUUCCUGGAGUACUUUUCUUUAUUGUAGCUCUUUGGUGGAGUAUAAAGAUUAUUCUCAAGCAUGUUUGUAAACAGCAAAAGAGGGCUUCCUUCCUUUUUACCAAAGAAUUCUUCUAUCGAGCAGAAAUUUUGGAGGGAAUUGUGUUAGUUGGCAUGGCACUAGUAGGAAUAAUUGGUCUAUACCUUGUGCUUGGAAAGCGAAACAAACUCCCAGAUAAAGAAUCCCAGCUGGCCCUAGUCCUGCAUUGGCAUCAUCUUGCCAUAUAUAUAUUCUUUGCAAUGCUAGGUGGGACCAAGAUCUUAUGUUUCACCAUUAGUUCACUUCCAGUCUCUUUGGUCAAGUUAAUGUUAUCAAAUGCCUUCUUUGUGGACGCUUUCAUUUUCCACAAUCACACAUAUGACCGGACAUUGGUGGACACUUUCGGGCACCAACUGUUGAGCUUCGCUAUAUUUUUGGCUGGUCUGGUUGCCUUCAUAGAAUUCCUCACAAAGAACAAUGUAAUUUUGGAGCUUCUGAGGUCAAGCCUCACCAUGCUACAUGGGAUGUGGUUCUUACAGGUUGCUUUUAUCCUGUAUCCCAAAAACAGAGACCAUGCGUGGGACCUGUCUGAUCAUAGCAACGUCAUGUUUCUCACCUCGUGCUUUAGUUUUUAUUAUGCAUUGACCUAUGUCAUCAUUGGAAUUAAUUAUGCUCUUGUUACUUGGUUGGUUAACUGGAGACUUAGCAAGCUCUGCAUCUCAGAAACUCAACUUCUGAAAAAUCCUGAACAGCAAGAAGAAUCAGAAAAUGAAAUGUGAUUUUUGUUUGGCUGGUGUCAAGUGUCUCUAAACAGGCCUUUUUAUUUUUUGCACUGUCUUUGCUCAUGGCCUCAUCUGUAGAUGGUAUGGAGAGAAGCUGUGACCACAAAACCUGUAAUCUUGCAAGAUCAGAGCCAAAUUAUCAUGAGCCAUCUUCAGCCAAUUUUAUAGCAGUUCAUUCCCCGACUCUGUAUGUGACCUAACAUCUUUGUGAGUAUAAGUAAAUCCUUUGG